UGCGGAGUCAGUUUUGCUCUAGGGACAGAGUGGUUAGUUAGUUAGUUGGUGAAUAUCAAUGUAGUGUGGAGUCAAGUAUCGAUUAUUUUCAAGUGUUUAAAGAAAAAACCAUUCCAAAUUACUGAUUUUUAAACAAUAAAUUCGGGGCAUUAUUAUCUGAAUGAGUUUUCCUUGUUUUCCGAAACAUGACAUAAUUUGGAUAAGGAUAAAAAUUGUUAACACGACAGCAGCACUUAAAAUUAGUAGACUUUCGACACAUGACGGGAGAAAUGAGGGAGUUGAGUGACGGGAUAAAAUGAAAAUUACUAUAAUUAUCGCGUAAUAAGUUGUCUCAAAUUGUCUCAACCCUUUUGGACCUAAGACUCUGAGUAAACAUGUGGUGUGAUUAUUCUUACUUUUUUCUGGACAGGAGGCCAACUCCACUAGUGAACUGAACUGAAGAUAAGACCUAAACUGUCCUCCACGCUGAAGAAAUUGUCUCAUUUGGCCGCCGUUUAUGCUCGGCAACUUAUUUUACCUCCAACUUUCACCUGCUUUCACACCAGUCUGAAUCAUCCGUCUCAUCGGGACGAGGCAGGAGUGACAAUGUCAUGCAAACAGUUUGGAAAUCGGAAAUUUUACCAGAUUCCAGACUCCGCAUCCUCCCCUGAAAUUUGCGGUGGUGGUGGGGAUGAGUCAUCUUCUACGACAAUGAGUAACAACUCAAGUACGGUCAAGAAUUCGAAAAAGUAUCGCUCGAAAAAUGCCCUAUUUCGUGGAAGCACACGCGAACUGGUGGAAAUGGUGGAUCGGAAUAUAAUCGGACGGGAAACCGUGUUCCAAGGACCAUUUGGACCACGACGUAGCGUAUAUUUGGACCACACCGCAUCCGGACAGCCACUCAGAUGCAUAGAGGACUUUGUUCGAGAUGUUGUGCUUCCGUAUUAUGGAAAUACGCACACCACCAGCACCAUCACUUCGUCCCAGACGACCAUGUUCAGGCAAGAAGCCAAAGACAUUGUGCGAAAUUCUGUGGGAGCUUCGGAGCACGACGUAGUUAUCUUUUGCGGAUUCGGGUGUACCGGAGCCGUCCAUAAAUUGGUGCAAGCUGUCAUGGGGGAAAAUAACAAGAAGAGACCACCACCGGUCGUGUUUGUGGGUCCGUUUGAGCAUCACAGCAGUUUUAUUCCGUGGAAGGAUGCGGGUGCAAAGGUCGUGUGCAUUCCGGAGAGCACGAAUGGAAUCCUGGAUGUUGACGUGCUUGAAGAGAAACUUCAAGAAGCGGUUGCGGAAAAGCUGGAAGGACGACUUUUGAUCGGAAACUUUUCUGUGGCGUCCAAUAUUACCGGCUGUCUCACGGACGAUGUUGCAGUUACCGUGCUAAUGCAUAAGUAUGGAGGUUUGGCAUUUUGGGACUACUCCGCAGCCGCCCCACACGUCAAGAUUGCUAUGAAUCCUGUCGUCCUGGAUCAUAAUAAGGAAGGCAUGGGAAAGAAAGAUGCCAUUUUCUUUUCUGGGCAUAAAUUUAUUGGAGGACCGCAGACACCGGGCGUCUUGGUGGCAAAAAAGAGCAUUUUCGACAGUUCCCUUCCCAACGGGGGUGGUGGAGGGAGUGUCUUUUUUGUGACGCAGGAUUCUCAUCGAUACUUACAGAAUACUGAAUAUCGUGAAGAAGGUGGGACUCCAGCCAUCGUUGAGUCAAUCCGACUCGGUCUUGUCUUCCGUUUAAAGGAUACGAUUGGAUCUCACAGUAUUAUUUAUCGAGAAGCUGUCUUUACAAAAAAAAUCCUAUCGGAGUGGGCCAAGUUUGAAGAGAUUAAAAUUCUAGGGAGCAAGACUGAACCUCGGCUGGGAAUAAUUUCCUUCCUCAUUGAACAUUUGGCCAGCGGCUACUAUUUGCACCACAACUUCGUGGUAGCAUUGUUGAACGACUUGUUUGGAAUCCAAUCAAGAGGCGGAUGUGCUUGUGCAGGACCGUAUGGACAAUCUCUUUUAGGCAUUGAUUCUACUUUGGCCCGAAAGUAUGAAGACCUCCUUCUUGAAGACAGCCGCCUUGAUCGGGUGCAUCUUCGUAGAGAUCUUUACAUGGAGGGAUCAAACUAUGAAGUAUUUCGACCUGGUUUUGUCCGCGUUUCUGUCCCAUUCCAUGCAUCCACUCAAGACGUAGAAUACCUGAUUGAAGCCGUCCAACUUAUUGCGCGACAUGGAUAUAAACUUUUGCCAUUGUAUAAUUGCAACCCGGAAACCGGGGAGUUUCACCAUCAUGCAAAUCAUAUUUUCCAUCAUCGCAAAUGGUUGAGUUGGGGAACUUUUGAUGCUGAAGGGAUUCGUUACAAGGAGCGGACAAGGAACAAUAGUGAGGACUAUCCUAAUUUCAAGGAUUGUUUGCAGCAAGCCAAAACACUUUUUGACAAUGCGUACGAUUUGUGCAAACGGAGAAAGCUGGCCGACCAAUCACUCCUCUACAACGAAACUAGUGCGGCGAACCUCCGGUGGUUCAUACUGCCGUCGGAGGCUAUGCCUAUCGUGGAUCCUUCGGGGGGAGGAGGAGGAACCAGUAACACACUAAAAUCCCCGAAACCAUUCACCCCAAAAGUUUACAAGGAGCGAGAAACGCGAGAAACUAACUACUUGGAGGGCUCAGUCCCCUCUCAAAUAAUGCAGUCGUCGUGGUACGAUGAACAAAUUAAUCUCAACUCUUUGCCCCACGCGACCAUCGACCUGGAUUCUGCCGAGCUGGGGGACGGCACGACCAGCGUGAACAACCACUACCUGCCUAGCUCUGUAGAUUAUGAAGAUUCCGAAGAGAACGAGCUACUCGUGUCUGCCGCUUAUUUGGGAACGACAGUAACCGGUCCUUCAAUCUGCUUUGCGAUGGGGGAGUCCAAAACGGUGUACGAAAGCGAUGUGAAGAUAAGAAGGACAGCAACAAAUCGUGCCGCAGCUCCCGAGAUGGAAAGUCACGCGACACAGACACCUUCUUCAAGCUUGUGUGCAACACUGACUCAAACUGCGGAAGAUGCGAAUUGCUCGAUACCACAAAGCCAGCAAAUGAUUUCCAGCAUACCGAUCAAUGGUCAAGUGGUGGCAGGAUCUGAGAUUAAUAACUAUUACAACACGACACCGAAUACGGCUCCACUUUCAUACAACUCAAUCGGACAACCGGACCCAACCGUGUUCUCAUUUCCACACAAUAAUCAGGGGACAAUCACCACAUCGCCCUUAAUGAUUAACAACAACCAUUUAAUGUAUGGCGACGGGAUUAACAAUUACCACGUGAAUUCAAACACGAGCUAUUCUCCAAUUCCUCCAACGAGCAUGACGCCCUUGCCGUAUGACGCCCCCCAACAACAAUUCGUGAAUAUGAAUGGGAACGUCGUUGAUUCAACAAUUUAUCACCAAUCUCCAAUCGUAGUGGGAAGUCCGAUACCCCCUUCGAGUCUCCCCGUUCCCUGCAAUAGCCCUUGUUUCCAGAAUUUCCAAUCUCAGCACAGCUUAGACAGUCAGUACAACUCGGCGCCGGAAUGUUUCAGUAAUAAUAACAUCUCAAGUCCAGCCAUGUCCGCGAGUCCCAUUCCAUACCAGACGUGCACGGAUUCACUCGGUGUCUACACUCCAGUAAUGAGCCCGCAGCAAAACUACGGAAGUAAUAAUGGCACCCCACUAUUUUCCCCGACUGUGGGGUCCAUCAUACCAAUGAAACCACUUUCCGCAACCCCACCCUCCUCCGAGCCUUCCGUGAGUGAGCAGAUCGUGCAAAAUGCGAUGCGCCGAGUUACAGAUCAAAUUGCUAGUGAAUUGAAGUCGGAAAUUCGUGGCCUCGUGUCGCAAGUGGAACAAGGAAUCGAGAACGGGCUCAGAGAACGAGCAAACAGCUUUACGUUCAAGGAUAGAAAAAUCGAAAGUUUGAAACGACGAACGAGAACGUUGAGUGGUCAAUCAAUCAGUAAUGCGCUGGACAAACAGCAUGACCUGGAAGUGAAGAAGAAAGUUGACGUGGAGGAGAAAGUCGUCAACUCGGAUUCCGGAGUGGAGGAAGAAGGAAAGUCUGAUAAGAAGUCGUCAAGUAGCUGUGUAACUUGCAACCCGACUGCUCAUGCAGCUUCAGAAGAGAAAAUGGUCAAAUCCAUGGUGGAAGGGUCAAAAUCAUCUAAAUGGCAUUGUCCUCCGAAAAACGUUUUCAAGCCGGCUUUGGAGGCGUUCCGAGAAUACUCCAUGAUCAAGAAUGGCGACAAAGUACUAGUUUGCCUCAGCGGUGGGAAGGACUCGCUGUCACUGCUCCACUGCAUGCGCCAAGCUCAGUACGUUCUGGCCAAGGAGGGCAUCAAGUUCUCCUUCGGAGCUAUCACCGUUGACCCCAAGCAUCCCGGCUUCAACCCCAGACCACUCAUUCCGUACUUGAAGUUGCUCGACGUUCCCUACUUUUACGAGGAGCAGGCCAUCAUGGACGCCGCCAUGGAUAAGGGCACCGUCUCUUCCAUUUGUAGCUAUUGCAGCCGAAUGAAAAGAGGACGAAUCUAUGCCACGGCGCGUGCGAAUGGGUACAAUGUGCUGGCAUUUGGUCAACACUUGGACGACCUGGCGGAAAGUUUUAUGAUGUCAGUAUUCCACAAUGGCCUCCUUCGAACAAUGAAAGCCUCUUACACCAACAAGGACGGAGACCUUCGAAUCAUCCGACCCUUCGUCUACGUUCGUGAAAAGAGCUUAAGAGAAUUUGCUGAAUCUCGUGGAUUACCAAUCAUCCCGGAAAAUUGUCCCGCAUGUUUCGAAGCACCGACAGAGCGACACCGAAUCAAACAACUUCUUGCCCAUCAGGAGAUUUUAUUCCCGAAAUUAUUCCUCAGCCUCCGGACCGCGAUUAAACCCCUCAUGGCCAUAAAUCGGACUGGGGUGGAGUCAAAAGCGAAAUCUACCAGUUAUUUGGACAAUGCUGAAAGUGGAAAUGAUGAGGAUGUGUUUGGUCCAUGUGGAACCGAUGGAAAUUGAGGGGAAGCUUUAAACAAACAAUUUGUAUGCUAAUUGAUACCAAUAUUUUGACGAUUUGACUCUGUCGCUUAUAUAAAUUAUGAAAAAUCCUAUUAUUUUUACUAUAUUAAACUUGAUGAGAUAUGUACGAUCUUAAAAAAAUAUGACGUGGAUGCUAUCAAACCAACCAACAAAGUCCACGACUAUAAAAAUAGUUCUAAGUAAAUACGAUGCGAAAUCCGGCUUUAUAAUUAUUAUUAGAAUGACUUACACACACAUUUACAUACAUUGUUACCUAUUUAUGUAUUGAACAUAACUGAUCAAUAAAUAAUUAUUGUUGUUGAAAC